GUCGAGCCAGACAGGGCGGGGCUGAAAGAUUACCUCAACGUGGUGAAAGUCCCCAUGGACCUGGGGACUGUUCUCAACAAGAUACUCGCUAACGAGUAUGAAUCGCACGGGUCUGCAAUGCGGGAUAUUCGACAGGUUUGGUCCAAUGCAAGGCUCUAUCACGGGAAGGGGGCUCCUGUAACGAAGGCAGCCGAUCACCUGGAAACGACCUUU